UGUUAUGAAUCGUAUCUAUACGAAAAAGUAAAUACGAUGCGACGAUAAUCAUAAUUUUGCUUUGAUAUAUAUAUGUGUGUAUACACAUCUGACAUCAGCUGAAGAAUCUCUGAUCGAGCGCAGUAGCUUGCGCGACCUGAAAAUGUCCAACCCAGCGCGAAUUGUCACUCGUCAAGUGAAGCCUCUGCUAUCACUAAACGAAAAUGAGGCGAGGAGACGAGUUUUCGGCCUGUACAAGGCGUGGAUCCGACAAGUGCCAUUCAUACUCCAAGAUUAUGAUAUUCCAAAAAAUGCUAACGAUUUGAAAAUGAAAAUACGAGAAGAAUUCAACAAACAUCGAACUGUCAAAGACAUCAGAGUAAUUGACAUGCUUGUCAUCAAGGGUCAAAUGGAGUUGAAAGAAACAGUCGAAAAAUGGAAAAAUAAGGGAGCUCUUAUGUUUUACUUCAAAGAUACCGUUGAACCAAAGCCCACUGACUUUAUGUCAAAAUUCAUGAAUGGAACAGACUAAUAAUGAAUAACAAUAAUUUAAUUUAAAAAAUUUAGUUUAUUACAUUACUAGCAUUGUUAAAGAUUGUUGUUUUAUUUGAGGUAUGUAAAAUAUUAGUACAUGUGUAUAAAUAUAAACUCCCGA